UUGGGCCGGGCGAGGGCGCGCGGGGCGGCGCCGCUAGCGGCCGCGAGCCCGGACCGGGUGGGGGCUGUUUGAACAAGACUCGCCGGCUCGGGGGCAGCGGAGUACACUCGGCGACCGGCCUCCAUCCACGCAAGACCGCGCAGCGCAGUGCCAGCGACGAGACGAGCCGAGCCGAGAGCGAGCGAGCGAGCGAGCGAGCGACCGAGCGAGUUCCCAGUCGAGCGAGGCGAGGCGAGGCGAGGCGAGGCGAGGAGAGAGGGAGCGCGACGAGGACGAGGAGCAGGAGGACUCGGAGGAGCCAGGCGAUCCGAGCGCGCGGGUGAGAGUGCGCGCGAGUGAGCCAGUGCGAGCAGGACGAGUGCGGUCCGGUGUUUCGGUGCAGCGGCGGCGGCGGCGGCGGCGGCGGCCCGCGCUCCUCCGCUGAGCCCAUGACAAUGCUGCAGUCGCAGAAGCUGUACGGCGAGGGCCCGAUGAGCAGCGCCGCGGCCAUGUCCAACAUGGGCAGCAUGGCCCCGACCUACAGCAGCAUCAACUCGAUGGGCUGCGUCUCGAUGGGCAUGUCGAUGCAGUGCAGCCCCCAGAGCCCGGGCGCCUUCAACAUGAGCACCAUGAGCUCGGCCAUCGGGAUGGCCUCGAUGGGCGCGGCCGCCGCGGCGGCGAGCAUGGCCAGCUACGGGGCCGGGGUCGGCUCGAUGCCCGGCGGCGCGGCCUCCUGCAUGAGCGGGCUGCCCUCCUACGCGCCGCUCGGCUCGGCCGCGGGCCCCGGGCAGGGCCUCGUCGGGGCCGGGGCCGGGGUCGCUGGCGGCAUGCAGCCCGCGGGCACCGGCCGCGCCGGAGAGCCCCUCAGCCUGGCCGAGCCCGACUCGCCGAACUCGGCGCUGCAGCGCGCGCGCCAGGACAAGUCCUACCGGCGCAGCUACACGCACGCGAAGCCGCCCUACAGCUACAUCAGCCUCAUCACCAUGGCCAUCCAGAACGCGCCCUCGAAGAUGCUCACGCUCUCCGAGAUCUACCAGUUCAUCAUGGACCUCUUCCCCUUCUACCGGCAGAACCAGCAGCGCUGGCAGAACAGCAUCCGGCACUCGCUCAGCUUCAACGACUGCUUCGUCAAGGUGCCGCGCACGCCCGACAAGCCGGGCAAGGGCAGCUUCUGGACCCUGCACCCCGAGUCGGGCAACAUGUUCGAGAACGGCUGCUACCUGCGCCGCCAGAAGCGCUUCAAGGACGAGAAGAAGGAGCUCAGCCGGCAGAGCAGCAAGCACCAGCAGCACCACGCUGGCCAGCAGCAGCAGCAGCAGCAGCCGUCGGCGGGCCAGGCGAGCCCCGAUCAGCAGCAGCAGCAGCUCCAGGGUAAGAAGCACGGCCAGCAGCACCAGCCGGACGACAAGGAGAUGCACGCGCUGGUCUCGCCGCACCAGCAGCACCAGCAGCACCACCAGCACCACCAACACCACCAGCAGCAGCAGCAGCACCACCACCACCACCACCAGCAGCAGCAGCAGCAGCAGCACCACCAGCAGCACCACCAGGACAUCGGCGGCCUGCUCGGCCCGGACCUCGGCUCGGCGCACGACGAGCUCGCGGCCAUGGUCGGGCGCAGCCUGCACCCGCACCUGCUGGCCGACCCGGCGGCGCUGCACGGCCACGCGGGCAUGCCCGGCGGCCUCAAGCAGGAGCCCUCCUACGCGCCGGCCAACCACCCGUUCAGCAUAACGAGGCUGCUGCCCGGCGCGACGGCCGCCACCUCGCCCGGCGGCCAGGACACCAAGCCGCCCGAGCUCAAGAUGUACGAGCUGCACCAGAGCUACGGCCAGUAUCAGCAGCACGCGGCGGCCGCUGCGGCUGCGGCUGCCGCGGCGGCCGUCCAGCAGCAGCAGCAGCAGCAGCAGCAGCAACAGCAGCAGCAGCAGCAACAGCAGCAGCAGCAGCACAACGGCAUGCAGGGCUCGACGGGCAGCGGCGCCGGCAUGCACCAGAUGCCGGCCGGGGGGGCCCACCACCACCACCACCACCAGGACUACUACCAGAGCCCGCUGUACCAGCACACCGCGGCCGUGAGCUCGGCCAGCGGCGGGCCGCCGGCGAGCGCGGGCUUGUGACACCACGCCAGCCACCCGUACGCCCUGGCCUGAGUCGCCGCGGCCGCAGCCGCCGCGAGGGCCGCCGUCGCCGCGGCCGCCGCCGCCCAGCAGCAGCAGCAGCAGCAGCAGCAGCGCCGCGGCUGGCCCGACCUCGACGAGCUCGCCGAGCCCGAGCUCCAGCAGGAGCAGCAGCUCUACUGCCAGCCGCCCGCCGCGGCCAGCUACGAGACUUUGCCGCGACAGAAGCUCGACUAUUGUGAUAACCGGCCGCGCAAGGACUAGCUCCGCGAUUCGGCGACGACGAGCCACGUGCCGUGCGCGGAGCUACUCCGUCGGACAGCUUUGUAUUAUACAUGUAGAUAGUCACGUCAGUCAGCACGCGUCCCGAGAAAAGACUAGAAAAAAACCGCUGCGCGCGGCAGCACUAUAUGUUACGCACCAGAGGUAUAUAUGAAUAUAAAUAUAUAAAUACUAUAAAUAUCACUUAUAAAUACUGAGAAUAUAUUAUAUGAAUUAUACGAAGCGUAGGAGGCGCGAGCAGAGGGUUAUAAAUAUUAAGUAUGCAUAGACACGGGGGAUCUUGGACGCGCGCUCGCCUCGAACCGCGAAUCGCCGACGGACGAGGCGUGAAUGGCGAGAGGUUCGAGGCGAGCGCCUCUGUAAUUUGUAAAUACGAGCCGAGGAGUGCACCCGAGUCGGAGUACGCUACGUAUAAUGUCGUCGUGUCGUCGCGAGAGGAAAAGUUGCAAAAAGUCCUUCUCCGACUUUUAUUGCCAUUCGCUGUUGUUAUAUCAUUACUAUUAUCGCCGCCGUUUCGUUUGAAUUCCAGCGCGCGCCGCCUCGAGCACUCUCGUGUUACGCGCGAUCGCCCACAACGCAUUCUGUUCCUCGUGCCGUUCUACGAUAAUCACUGCGUAACAGAAGAGAAAAGCUUUGUAAAGUGUGCGUGUGCGCGUGUGCGCGUGCGAGCGCGAAUGGGAGAAGAAGCGACGAAGCUGCAUCGAGCUGAGAGGAGCCCUCGCAGGAAGGAAUCACGUGCAAAGACUCGAAUACGUUUUCGUUUUAUGUAAAUUGCAGUCCACGUCUGCGACGGCAGAGGAAAAUCGAGCGAGAGUGCGGGGGAAGUGGCCCCUCUCGCUCUCGCACAUGUACAUGUUUCAAUAAACCAACGUAUUUCUACGGAAAAAACAA